CUAUUUAAUGCAUCUGGUUCCUACCUGAUUUGAUGAUAAAUUAAUUGCCCACCGACGCAGCUCUGACGCAACAACGUCGUCUCUUGAUCGAGAACAACGGUACAACCCCUGUCCCCGCCCGCGUCUCCCGUCUGCCUUUGCCCCUUCUCCAAUUCUCGCUCCAACGGCUCCCCCUCACUGAUUCAUCACUUUGCUCAUCCCCGGAGCUGUUCAUGCCCAUUCUUACAAUCCAUCUCUUACACCCAGUAUCUACCUACAAUCUGAUUUCUUACUUGGUUUUGCAGUACUUAUAUCUUGGAUACCCUAAUCUAGCCCUUCAAUCUUUGAAAGCAGUUCCCGCCAUUUCCCAUCAUGAAGGUCGGAGCCGCUCUUGCGCUGGGCGCAACAGCUUCCACGGGGGUUUUGGCUGCUGUGAUUCCCCAGGCACCAUUGACGAAUCCGCACAUCUACCACAACCAAGAGAAAUACUUGAUUGAGCUGGCUCCUUAUCAGACCAGAUGGGUGACCGAAGAAGAAAAAUGGGCCUUGAAAUUAGAUGGCGUGAAUUUCAUCGAUGUUACAACAGAGCGAAAUGCCGGUUUCUAUCCUACAUUGCACGCACCGAGCUAUGUGCGCUACCCGUCGAAGAUGGAGCACACCGACGAAGUAACCACGCUCAUCAAAGAUCUAUCCAAAGCCAAUAUGCAACACAACCUGGAGAAAUUCACAUCUUUUCAUACCCGCUACUACAAAUCCCAGACAGGCAUUGAAUCGGCAACAUGGCUCUAUAACCAGGUUCUAGAUGUUAUCAAGAGCUCCGGGGCCGCGAAGCAUGGCGCCACUGUUGAUCAAUUCGCCCAUCCCUGGGGACAAUUCAGCGUCAUUGCCCGCGUCCCGGGUAAAACAAAUAAGACUGUUGUGCUGGGUGCUCAUCAGGACAGCAUUAACUUGUUUCUUCCCUCGAUCCUGGCUGCACCAGGCGCUGAUGAUGAUGGCAGCGGGACUGUCACCAUACUUGAGGCCCUGCGAGGUCUUCUACAAUCAGACCCCAUUAUCAAAGGGGAGGCGCCCAACACAAUCGAGUUUCAUUGGUACUCGGCGGAAGAAGGCGGCAUGCUAGGCUCUCAAGCCAUCUUCUCCCAAUAUAAACAGGACAAACGUGAUAUCAAAGCCAUGCUUCAGCAGGACAUGACAGGAUAUACCCAGGGAGCUCUUGAGGCCGGUCGCCAGGAGGCCGUGGGAAUAAUGGUCGACUACGUCGAUCAAGGGCUAACGCAAUUCCUAAAGGACGCAGUCACGACGGUAAGUGGGGAUCACCCUUAUUUAAGGCUUGCUUGCUGACGGUCGGCUUAGUAUUGCGAUAUUGGCUUCAUCAACACUAAGUGCGGCUACGCUUGUUCUGACCACACAUCGGCGAGUAAAUAUGGCUAUCCAGCAGCGAUGGCAACCGAAUCCGAAAUGGAAAACAGCAACAAACGAAUCCACACGACUGAUGACAAGAUCAAAUAUUUGAGCUUCGACCAUAUGCUUCAACAUGCAAAGCUGACCCUUGGGUUCGCCUACGAGUUGGCAUUUGCCCCGUUUUGAUCGCUCGCCUGACGUAAUGCAUGGAUGAUGUUAAACUUUCACGGCGUUCCGGGAAUUUAGGUCAUGAUCAGUACUAUAGGAGAAGUUAUAGGGAUAUUCUAAAUAGUGAUUUUUUGGCUAUGAUUUGAAUCUAAAGGACCGAGAUAGGUUACUGUCGAG